AUGCCCCUCCUCACACCCGCCGCCGACGCCACCGCCUCGCCCAGCGCGCUCGCGCAGCAGCUGCAGCGCGACGCCGCGGCUUCGGGCGCCAGCAGCUUCGCCGCCGUCUACGCGUCGCACGUCGUCGUGCAGGACGGGGCAGACGGCGGUCAGCUGAAACGCAGCUGGUGCGGCGACUGCGUGGCGGCGGAGCCGAUGGUCGAGAGGAAGUUUGGCGGAUCGUCGUCGGACGACGGUGAUGGCGGGAAGAAAUGCUGGGUUGUGUGGGUGGGGGAUAAGGAUGAAUGGAGGACGCCGGAGAAUGUGUGGAGGAAGGCGCCGUUUGGUAUCACGCACUUGCCGACGUUGGUCAAGGUUACGCCCGAGGGGAAGUGGGAGAAGCUGGUUGAGGGUGACGUUUACAAUCAAAAGAAACUUGAUGCUUUUGUCGGAUUCUAG